GCAACAUAUGUAAAGAGCUGGCAGACAUUCUGUAAAUAUUUCCAGGCAAAAACAUGUAGGCUACAAAGAAAAAAAAAAAAAAAAAAGAAAGAAAGAAAAAAAAAAAACCUAUUGUUUUGGUGUCUUAUCUCCUCGGGACAAAUAUCCUGUUUUUGGGUGCCAUAAUGAAGGCAGGGCUAGUGACACACACACUCACACAUACACACACGGCUUCCUUCUCAAGCGCAGUGACUUCACUUCCCAAAUUUAGAGGAAAAAAACCAUCCGGCGAAACUGUCUCUGUCUCUCCGCCACAUAUCGGGGGCUGGAAUUAAUUCAGACGCGUGUCAUGUUUGGAAUAUUGUCGGGCUCCACUGAAAAUUGCGCAAAAUGGAUGGAACUAUUAAGGAGGCAUUGUCAGUGGUGAGUGAAGACCAGUCCCUGUUUGAGCCUCCUUACGCUGCUGCUGCUCCCUUACCCAAGACAGACAUGACUGCGUCUGUCACACAGGAUUAUGGCCAACCCCACAAGAUCAACCCUAUUCCCCCUCAGCAGGAGUGGAUCAACCAACCUGUCAGAGUCAAUGUAAAACGGGAAUAUGAUCAUAUCAAUGGAUCCAGAGAGUCUCCGGUGGACUGUAGUGUGGGUAAAUGCAAUAAGAUGGUGGGUGGGAACGACGCAUCUCAGAUGAACUAUACUGGUUACAUGGACGAGAAGAAUGCACCACCCCCAAACAUGACAACCAAUGAGAGGAGAGUUAUUGUUCCAGCAGACCCUUCUCUCUGGUCUCCAGACCACGUACGGCAAUGGUUAGACUGGGCCAUUAAAGAGUAUGGUCUUCAGGAGAUCGACACAGCUAUGUUCCAUAGCACAGAUGGAAAAGAACUUUGCAAGAUGAGCAAAGAGGACUUCCUGAGACUUACUAGUGUUUAUAACACAGAGGUCCUGCUCUCACAUCUUAAUUACCUCAGGGAAAGUAGCUCAUCAAUAUCAUACAACACACCAUCUCAUACUGAUCAAUCUCCUCGCCUGUCUGCCAAAGAAGAUGCGUCUUAUGAUGCUGUACGGAGGGCAGGCUGGUCAAACAGCAUGCACAGUGGCAAAGGCUCUCCGACAGUGGUCUCUCAGAAUGCGUCCAAGAGCACUGAGCAGGCUCGGCCUCAGCCAGACCCUUACCAGAUAUUAGGUCCCACCAGCAGUCGACUCGCCAACCCAGGUUCAGGUCAGAUUCAGCUGUGGCAGUUCUUGCUAGAACUUCUCUCUGACAGUGCCAAUGCUGGCUGCAUCACCUGGGAGGGGACCAACGGAGAGUUUAAGAUGACAGACCCUGACGAAGUAGCGCGUCGCUGGGGGGAACGCAAGAGCAAGCCCAACAUGAACUAUGACAAACUAAGCCGCGCCCUUCGCUACUACUAUGACAAAAACAUCAUGACCAAAGUUCACGGCAAACGUUAUGCCUAUAAGUUUGACUUCCAUGGCAUUGCUCAGGCCUUGCAGCCCCAUCCAACCGAGUCUACCAUGUACAAGUACCCAACCGAUCUGCCAUAUGUACCUAGCUACCACGCCCACCAGCAGAAGGUCAACUUUGUUUCACCACAUCCCCCCUCCAUGCCUGUCACAUCCUCCAAUUUUUUUGGCCCCACCACCCCAUACUGGAGCUCUCCAACAGGGGGGAUUUAUCCUAAUCCAAGCGUUCCACGUCAUUCCAGUUCUCAUGUGCCUUCCCACCUAGGCAGUUACUACUAAUGCCCUUCACCUCUCACCCUGCUCCCUACAUGCCAAAACUUGAACUGCAUUUGGAGGGAAGACAAAAGGACCUGGAUAUGGAAGACAAGGAAGCUGGAAAGGGGAAGAUUUUUUUUUUUUUUUUUUUUUUUUGGAGAGGCCUGUCAAAAAUUUGUACAAUGAAGAAAAUGUUGGAAGAAGCUGGAAAGACAGAGAAAGUAAGCAGAGAGAAGAAAAACAGACCAAAAAAUGGCUGAUCCUCUAUAAAAUGGAGUACUACUUAUUCAAAGAACAAACAACAUCUUCUUUGAUGUUUGCUUUGGAGAGUGUGUGCGUGUUUCUAAAUGUCAUUGUACCUUUCUACUCCCAAAAGCUGUACCAAUGGACCAGAGUCCCCUUCUACCAAAUAAAGACCACAGUUAUAAAGUCGGUCAAUGACCGAAAAAACUAAUCACUGUAAACUCUCCCUGUGUGUUAAUGCAAUUGUGAAUUGAGUGCUUAUCUGUUUGGACCUAGUCCAUCCUUCUCUUUGGAUUUUGUCUAAACCCACCUUGGUUACAUGAAUUUAUCUUUUUAAGUUGUGACUGAAACUUUCUUACUAAAGCAAAUCUGGCAACUGGAAAAAUGUUGGCAUUCACCCGUCAGUUAUUCUCCAAACUGGAGGACGUGGCGGAUGAUUGUUUAAAAGGAG